AUUUCCUGAUAGGGGACAUAUGGAGCAGGGAAGACCCCGUCCUUAUCCCCGGAUAACUCGACCCCAAACUCAAGAUCAAUACUGUUAUAGCUCCUCGGAAGAGGAGGAAGGUGAAAAUCCUAAACUUUAUUCAAGCGACAGAGAAAAAGAUGGUUCCUAUCUAAGAUCUAGAGGAGACUUGAAGAACGAUACAGGAACUUCCCCUAAAGAAUCAGAAGGACCCUUAUCCUCCCACACGCCCCACAAUCCCGACAAAGAAGUCGAACCCUCAACCCCUACGAAAUUCCGUCCCUGGGGUCAGCUGCUAGGUGGAGUGAACCUACGUCAGCAGUACUCUACCCUGCCGUUGUCCACCAGGUCAAGGGUCAAUAGAUCACGAAGGCACGCCGCCGGUCUUUCGUCGUCUUCUCAAUCCUCCGCAGAGGAGGACAAUUCGGAUGCUACCUUCACAGGAUCGGAGCUCGCUCUGGCACGUGACAGCACUUUAGUCCUUCAAAAUAGACGUUUACUGGACGGCUCAGCUGUGACUCCACCCGUUUUACCUCCUCGCACCAUGGGACGGACGGGCAAUAGGGGUGGCCCACCGAACAAUCCCAUCGGAGGAAGUACCAACAGUCAAGGACAAGACAUCGAUCAAGAUUUUGAACCGUCGUGUCUUGCCAGAACUCCUUCGGGUUCAUUGUUCAUUCCAGGUGAUUUGCCAAAAUGUUUGGGACCUUCUCAACAAAAAAGUGAUAUACCCCAUCAUCGUUCCCUCCAAGAUGAUAAAAAUAAUCCAGACAGAUGUCACCUGAGUUACACUCCGACAGCCCCCGUGCCUGUAGUACCCGUCCGUAACAAUGUUCGUCGUCCUGUAUCCAAUCAUUUUGCUCACUCCCGUUUUCAAUUCCGAAAGACGAUAUCCUCUCGUUGCAGCUGGAAAUGCGCGGCGAUAGCUUUCAUCUUUGUAUCACUCGCUCUUUUAACGGCUCUUGCCUAUUUUGUAGCUGUAGCAUUCCCUAGUUGGCGGUAUGCUAGCAAACAUCCCUGUCCUGUCGUGGUCGACGACAUAGAAUUAGCCGUAGGUGGAACGGAAGUUAAAAGUAAGUCCUCCAUUUUAAGUUUAAACACAGAUUUUCACUAUUAUUUCUCUUGUUUGAGAGAUAAGAAACGGCAAGAGUGA